AUAAUCUUCUCUUUUAUUUUUCCAUCCAAAUAAUCUUUCUUUCCUUCAUCUCCUUCACCGAUUUUUCCAUUCCCCCCACUUCACUCAUUAUCAUAAUAUCAUCUCUCUCUUACUUUCUCUCUCUAACAUACAAUGGCUGCUGCUGUAAGUGCUGCAGUCUCACUGCCUUCCACCAAGUUCACUUCCCUUCAAUCUAAAACUUCCAUUCUAUCUCCUGAAAGAAUCAAUUUUAACAAGGUGCCGUUGUACUACAGCAGAAAUGUAACAAAAGUGGGGCCCAUCAGAGCUCAGGUAACGACAGAAGCGCCGGCAAAGGCGGAGAAGAUAUCAAAGAAACAGGAAGAAGGUGUAAUUGUGAACAAGUAUAGGCCUAAAGAACCAUACGUCGGCAGAUGCCUUCUCAACACCAAAAUCACGGGCGACGAUGCUCCCGGUGAAACCUGGCACAUGGUCUUCAGCACCGAAGGGGAGGUGCCUUACAGAGAAGGACAAUCGAUCGGUAUUAUACCUGACGGGAUAGACAAGAAUGGAAAGCCUCACAAACUUAGGUUGUAUUCUAUUGCAAGCAGUGCCCUCGGCGACUUUGGAGACUCCAAGACUGUAUCUCUGUGUGUUAAAAGACUCAUCUACACUAACGACCAAGGGGAAACAGUUAAAGGAGUUUGCUCAAACUUUUUGUGUGACUUGAAACCUGGUACUGAAGUGAAAAUAACUGGGCCUGUGGGAAAAGAGAUGCUCAUGCCAAAGGACCCUAAUGCUACCAUUAUUAUGCUUGGUACUGGAACUGGUAUCGCCCCUUUCCGCUCGUUCUUGUGGAAAAUGUUCUUCGAGAAGCACGACGAUUACAAGUUCAAUGGCUUAGGAUGGUUGUUCUUGGGUGUUCCAACAAGCAGUUCAUUGUUGUACAAAGAGGAGUUUGAAAAAAUGAAGGAGAAAUUCCCGGAUAACUUCAGACUCGACUUUGCAGUUAGCAGAGAACAGAACAACGCCAAAGGGGAGAAGAUGUACAUCCAAACUAGGAUGGCUGAGUACGCCGAAGAGCUAUGGGAACUGCUCAAGAAAGACAAUACCUAUGUCUACAUGUGCGGUCUCAAGGGCAUGGAAAAGGGUAUCGACGAAAUCAUGCUUUCCUUGGCCGCUAAAGACGGUAUCGACUGGUUAGACUACAAGAAGCAGUUGAAGAGAGCAGAACAAUGGAAUGUUGAAGUCUACUGAUUCAUCUUCUUAUAUAAUAUUAUAUAUAUCCAUAUAUAUAUAUAUACAAAUAUAUCGGCAUGCAUUGUGAUUUCUUCUUCUCUACUGAUGUAGAUAGGCAACUUUCUUUUUCGAAUUUGUUUCGUUCCCAAUCUUCUUCUACUUCUUUUUUCGAAUUUGUUUCCAUCUAUGGCACCUCUGGAUAUAAAAAAUGAAGGGCAUUGUCAAAAAAUGUUGAUAGUGAAACGAAUUAUAUCAGUUAUUUUUGUCCUCAAAUCAUU